AUAGAGUUCCUUACCUUGUCAAAUCUUUUUUUGUGCCCUACCUUCAAGUGAACACAGUACUGUGCUGUAUAGUAUUUGCUUUUGGGGCACAGAAGGGGGGGUGUCUCUGCCUGAUUGCGUACUUCUGGUUCCAAAUGAGGUGUGUGGUUGACUGGUCAGUUCAUAAGGCUAGUAUUCAUAACUGAGGUGCUACUGUAUUAGAAUGACAACGUCGAUGUCAUAUCUUUUAUUGGAAAAGCUUCGGUGGGUGAGAAAGAUGCUUUGGGUUGUGGUACUUCUGUGCGGAGGUAAUGCCUACCACUGCUGCAGUGAGUUUCAUGCCAUGGGGAGCAGUUGGUCUGAGGCCAUUUCCCAGCCCCUCAGCACUGUGCUCUAGCAGGCGGCGCAUGGAUCUGCGACUCAAUGGCUGCCUCAUGAACAGCUCCCCGCACUGCGACGCUGGCUACCAGGACGGGUGGGGUGAUGCCCUGUCCCCGUGCUAUGCGCCACGCCAGGUGUCUGAGGGCUGUGGCGCAACGGGGGCCUUGCCCUCCCACGGCACAAAGAUGGCGGCUGCUUGGCCGACGCUUUGGUCUCGCAGUCCCGUAACCCUCUGUGCUGCGCUCUAGCGGGGCCUGCGCCCAACUCGGCGGGAAGAGUCUGUGGGCGGUUGAGGAGGACUCGCAGCGACGUCGACGUCACGUAGACCUCCGGAAAUCUAUGGUGUGUCCUUAGGGAUGCCCUGAAAGGCGCUCUAGGCGGGGAACUCUAUAGUCGGACUCUCUAGCCCAGGCCUCCGGUUGACUCUAUGGUUGCAGCCCGCCCACCUCGAGCGUCCCGGCCGGGCCUGCUGUGUUUACGAUGCCGGCGGCGCCGGUUUCCUGAGGCGGAGACAGCGGCAGCGGUAAGAGCGGCGGCUCUUCCCUCGGGGUUCUCGCGGUGCGAGGAGGGCGGCGCGGCCUCUGGGCCUCUGAGUUUUCUUGUAGUUGAUUAUGGAAGAAGUGCACAAGAGUACCAGUAACAGUUCAGCGACACCACCACAAACAACGUCCAUACAAGGUACACCACUGCAGGCCGCUCAUCUCUCUCACAUUGCUCAACAGAUGUCUCUAAGAGGUCCUACUCCAUUGACAGUUGUACAGCUUCCUGGAGAGCAAGUACAGGUCCAGGGAGUCAUUCAAACAGCUCAGUCCUCUGUAAUCCACUCACCCCAGGUGCAAACAGUGCAGGUAUCUUCUUUGUCAGAGAGUGAGGAUUCUCAGGAUUCAUCGGAUAGCAUAGGUUCUUCACAGAAGACCCGAGGUAUCUUAGCACGGCGACCGUCUUACCGAAAAAUCUUGAAAGAUCUUUCGUCCGAAGACGCACGAGAUAGAAAAGGAGAUGAUGAAAGUCCUGGUGUCUCUACUGUCACCUCUAUGUCUGUUCCCACACCUAUCUACCAGACCAGCACUGGACAGUACAUUACUAUUGCCCCAAACGGAGCACUGCAGCUGGCCAGUUCAGGUACAGAUGGUGUGCAGGGUCUGCAGACAUUAACAAUGACAAAUGCUGGUGGCACUCAGCCUGGGACAACAAUACUGCAGUAUGCACAAACAUCUGAUGGUCAGCAGAUACUUGUGCCCAGCAACCAGGUCGUAGUGCAGACUGCAUCAGGAGAUAUGCAGACAUAUCAGAUCCGUACCACACCAACAACCACUUCCCUCCCACAGACAGUAGUGAUGACCUCUCCUGUCACCCUUACGUCUCAGACAACCAAGACAGAUGAUCCACAGUUGAAACGAGAAAUAAGGCUCAUGAAGAACAGGGAAGCUGCUCGAGAAUGCCGUAGAAAGAAGAAAGAAUAUGUUAAAUGUCUGGAAAAUCGAGUUGCGGUCCUGGAAAAUCAAAACAAAACUCUAAUUGAAGAGCUAAAAACUUUGAAAGAUCUUUACUGCCAUAAAAAUGUGUAAGAAAAGGAGGCACAACUUUUUGUGGACUGUCUAAAUUUCCAUGGGGAAUUUUUUUAUACCGAAUUUUUUAAAAUUAAAUGAAAGGUCAAAAAUGAAACUUUUCUACCUAGAUUUCACGACUUAAAGACUAUAAAGAUUUUAUUUACAACAUGUUAAUGACAAACUACAAAAAGGAAACAAGAAAACCUCAACAAAACUGCUGGCAGAACUGGAAACAUCAUUAAAAUCAAGGCUACAUCGGCAAUAAAAGGAGAUGCACAUUUUAUCAGACAAGUGAUUUGAAUUUCCUGAACUACAAAUUAAUUUGGUAACAGCAGUAAUAUGUGAUUACAGUUAAAAUGUGGAUGAGAUGGAAUCAUUGCCAUUAGUUGAAAAUUAUUAGCAACAAAUAUAACCAGUAUAGGUUUUAAUUUCUUUUGUUCUUUGAUCCUUAUCUUUUUCUUUCAGUUAUUUGUAUGUAAAUAUUUUUAUUUCAACCUGUAAAUUCUAACUUACAGGUAAAAGAGAAGCUAAUACUUUGCUAAAAGUAUAAAUUAUGUUUACUUUUCUCAGCUGGCAAUCUGUUUAAAGGUGGGGGGGUUGUUUUGUUUUGGUUUUUUUUUGUAAAAUGUUUGCUGUGUUUAUCAAAGUUGGAGAGGUUUUGCAGAAGGCAAUGGGAAAAUUAUUUUUCUGGCCUUUCCCUGAAAGAUGUCGAAGGCACAUGAGUAAGAUGUUGACUUCUGAAGAGUAUUCAACACAUUCAGUUACUUUAAACCAGCAGUUUGGUAGAAUGGGUGUAGCUGAACAAAAGUUGUCAGAGAAUGCUUUUUAAAUAGUUUUGUUCGUGGUUACUGGGUGUGAUAAACUAUAAUUGAAAAAUAAAUUGUGUGCUGAUUAUAUAUACAACUGAACAUGCAUUGCUUAUUCUGUUUGGAGAUCAUACUAUGCUUAAUUAAAAAGUUUACAGACCAAAAAAAAGACACAGUAAAAUAAAAAGCUAAAGAUACAUACCAAAGGGUUUAAUACAGUUCUAAUAUAGGGUUUAUACAUUAAAAAAAUAAAAGUGCACAAUUACCAGACUAAUUUUGUAAGGCAGGCAAUAUUUUGUGAAGUUAUUCCAUCUUUGUAAGAAAAUACUCUAUUGAAAAUAAUUAAUGGCUGGUAUAUUUUUAUAAGUAAACUAUUAUCUUUACAAAUUCUAAAAUGGAGUUUAUAUGCAUAUUUUAACAGUUUUAUACAGUUCCUUUUAGUAAACAAAUAGAUAUUUUGUGUCUGAUUAUUGAUUAUAUAUUUUUAUGGGUUAGCACAAAGUAAAAUUAGAUUCUCUUUGGAGCAGAAAAUAUUUUGGAUUACUUUUGUCUCUGUAAGCAACUGACCUUAAAAAUAAAUCCUAAGGAAUAUUGUUGGGGAAAAAGAAACAGUUAGCAUUUUUUUCCAUAUUCAGUAAAAACUGCACAUGUGCUUGAAUUUACUGCAAAAAUACUAUUGGGGAUUCUAGUAUGUAUCAUUUUGACUUGUUUCUUUAAAGUAAAAGUUAAAGGUUGUUUGACAUGAUCAGGACUCGAAUAUAAAUAAAAUAUUAUGUGAC